CUAGACUCUUGUUAUAAUUAUGCCUUCCACGCUGUACGAGAGAAGAGGAACAUUUUGGCGGUGUGGUAGUUCAGACUUCUGAUACGGUCAGACCUAUGUAAGUAAUUUAGUUCCCUUGUCUUAUGAUGGCCUCUGUGCAUUUCUGCCUUCUAUGUGCAUUGCUGUCGUUGCCGAUAGCUCAAGGAAACCUAGAUGGGCACCCAUUAUCUGUCCCAGAGAUAGUAAGAAUAUAUAAAGGUGAAAGUGAUACAAAUAACUUUGGUGUUUGGAAGAUGAACAUUGAAUGGAGAGAUAAUUUCAGCAACAGCAACAAACCAGAGAAUGUUGCCUAUGACAUGGAGAUCUUCCAUACUGAGCAAAUGACACUUGUUCAUAAUGAGACAAUAGAAGUGAAAACAAAUCUCACAACUACUUAUCAGUGGAGCUGGACCUCACCCAUACCACUUCAGUGUACCUCACAUUCAGUCAGACUGCGAUUCAGAGACCACAGUCACACCAGUGAUUGGACACCACUGUACACUUUAAAGGGAGAAGAUACACAUGAGAUGAAAAGGAGUACAGUUUAUCCUAAGAAUCAUGUUGUUCUGGUUAAUGACAGCAUUAUAUUCUGCUGUAUCUUGACACCAGAGAGUGCCAGAGACUUCAAUUCCACCAAUUUCACAUUCCAGAUCAGCAACCACACAUAUGCUACAAAGCCUAUUCAGUAUUUGUCCUCCUCUCCAUCGUAUGGUUUUGAUAUAACAUGUGAUGGUACAGGCGCCACAGUUUAUACUGGCUAUGCUCCUGAUAUAAAGCACUUUACGUGUGAGACUCGAGAUCUCAGUUCUGUGGAGUGUCACUGGAGUCUUAGCCGAUCAACGGGUCUUUCAUUCAGUGUCAAAUGCAUAAAGUAUUCAAUCAAUGGAAGGAAUUGUUCAGGAACUGAUAUGUGUUCAAAAAUUAGCACAUGUGUUCUGACUGAUGGCAUAGACAAGGGUGUGGUUAAUUGGACACUGACUGCCAAAAAUAUCCUUGGCAAGAAGAUAGUCAGUGAUGUAGCUGACCCAAAUCACAGAGUACGGCUAAAAGCACCCGUGCUUAAGAAUCCCAUUUUGGUUUAUGCAAGGAAUGCUACUCUUGAAUGGGAAUGGAAUGAAAUGCUGAAAUACAAUUCCUUUCCAUUGACCUGCCAAGUGGAGGUCAAUGGUCACACUGUUAAGGGAACAUUUAAUGGAACCAGCCUCAAGUCAUUGGUUUUAGCAGACCUGCAGCCUUUUACUGAAUACACAGCCCGUGUGCGUUGUGGCUCUUUGGAGCAUUUUUAUAAAUGGGGUGAUUGGAGUAACCCUACUACAUUUUACACCAAAGAUGACAUUCCAAAACCCAUAGAUGUGUGGGUAGAAGUUCUUGAAACACAGAUCUGUGUUAUGUGGAAAAAUCUUACUAUGAGUCAGAGUCAUGGAAUUAUUACAGGAUAUGAGCUGAUUUUGGGCAGUUCUAAAAAUGGGAGCAAAAAGCACAUCAACAAGUCUGCAAAUGAGCACUACCAUAAAUAUGAACCAAGGAUUGCAGAUGGAAACCAUUUUAUCUCCAUUUCUGCUAAAAACUCUGCUGGUGUUUCUCCUCCCUCCAGUGUCACCAUUCCUAGCCUGGGGUCAGACAGUGAUAUUAAGACCACUGCCAUCAAUGAGACUCAACCCCAUGGUGGUUUUUAUAUGUUUUGGGAGCCAAGUGCUAUUGCCACCUGUGGCUAUGUGGUAGCCUGGGUUCCAACCUUCAGGGCAGAACUAUGUCCUGUAAAAUGGAUGAAGAUCCCUUCUGGUGUCUCAAAUGCCAGUAUUUACUCAGAUUUUGAAAAGGGGAAGAGAUACAUUAUAUCAGUUUAUGCCUGCACUUCAGGAGCCGCACAACUGCUGCACACGAGAGAAGGGUACAUGAAGGAACUACCUCCAUCGGGGCGUGUUCAGAAUCUAAGAGCUGAGCAGCAAGGUUCAACCCUUGUGCUGUCAUGGGAUGAAGUACCCAAAGAGGAGCAAAGAGGCUUCAUACAAGGCUAUACUAUAUUCUACAAGCUUUCCAACAAAGACAAAAACAUAGAUGAAGUAAAAGAGCUAUCAAUUCAAGACCCCAGUGCUCGAAAAUGUAAGCUUAAUCUUCCUCCUGGUACAUACAUAUUCAAAGUGAUGGCCUUCACAUCUGCAGGAAGAGGUGCUGAAUCUGAAAUUACUCAGUCUGUGGACCACAGAGUAGUUGACCGGAUGAUUAUCAGCAUUGUCACAGAUUUGCUUAUAUCAGCAAGUAUCUUUAUCACCAUCACAGUCCUUUGUUACAUAAAAAGAGAAUGGUUGAAGUCAGCACUGUAUCCAGACAUUCCUAAACCAAGGCUUUCAGAAGCAUGGCUUACAAAGAUUCCCCAGUGCCCUCUGUUUGAUACGAUGUUGACUGCAGAAAGUGAGGUGCUUUUGAUUACAAAACCAGAACCUUAUCUCCAAGUUAUGCCAGAGGGCAUGAAGGCCCAUGAAAUCAGUCAGAACUCCCAAGACCUACCACAGCCUGAGAGCUGUAGGAAUGCUUUGGAGUCUCAAACCAUCCCUUCACUUAUCACCAGCCUCUCCUAUAUAGAGCUCCCAUGUCCAGCAAUCGAUAAUCCUACAUAUAGCCUGACUAUGACUCUUCCAACUGAUGCUAUUCAGGUAUCAGAUUACAGACCUCAAAUGCAAAAUGCCAGUGGCCAGACACAACCCUGUGUGGUCAGAUCUGCCCAUAUGGACUCUGUGGGCUAUCAGCCCCAGUCAGUAGCACAUUUCACCAGCUUACCAUUUAAUUCUGUCAUUUGAGUGUCUGCUUCACAGUAAAAUUAAUUAGUCCUUAGAGUUACAACUACCUUCUGACUAGCUUCCAGGUGAUUACAGUAAAUGAGUGCUAAAAAUCUUCUUUUGUGACAAUAAAUUGUUUUUUCUUUUGUAAAAUAUUGUUUAAAUGUAAAUCUAUAUAAAUGUAUUUGUGCACGCUAAAAGCGAAAAUGUGAACAAUCUGCUUUAAUGUAUUGUACGUUACUUUUUACUUUAGUGUUUCAAAAUGACAUAUGCAAAGUAAAUAAAUCUCAUUUAA